AGGAGGAGGAGGAGGAGGGGGAGACCAUGGGGCUGCUGUCCCAGGGCUCGCCGCUGAGCUGGGAAGAGACCCAGCGCCACGCCGACCACGUGCGGCGGCACGGGAUCCUCCAGUUCCUGCACAUCUACCACGCCGUCAAGGACCGGCACAAGGACGUUCUCAAGUGGGGCGACGAGGUGGAAUACAUGUUGGUAUCUUUUGAUCAUGAAAAUAAAAAAGUCCAUUUGGUCCUGUCUGGAGAGAAAGUUCUUGAAACUCUGCAAGAGAAGGGGGAGAGGACAAACCCAAACCAUCCUACCCUUUGGAGACCAGAGUAUGGGAGUUACAUGAUCGAGGGAACACCUGGACAGCCCUAUGGAGGAACAAUGUCAGAGUUCAACACGGUUGAAGCCAACAUGAGAAAACGCCGGAAGGAGGCCACUUCCAUAUUGGAAGAAAAUCAGGCUCUUUGCACAAUAACUUCAUUUCCCAGAUUAGGCUGUCCUGGGUUCACACUCCCCGAGUACAGACCCCACCCGGUCGAAGGCGGAGCUUCCAAGUCCCUCUUCUUUCCAGAUGAAGCCAUUAACAAGCACCCCCGCUUCAGCACCCUAACAAGAAAUAUCCGACAUAGACGAGGAGAGAAGGUUGUCAUCAAUGUUCCAAUAUUUAAGGACAAGAACACACCAUCCCCAUUUAUAGAAACAUUUCCAGAGGAUGAGGAGGCAGCGAGGGCUUCCAAGCCGGACCACAUUUACAUGGACGCCAUGGGAUUUGGGAUGGGCAAUUGCUGCCUUCAGGUGACAUUUCAAGCCUGCAGCAUAUCUGAGGCCAGAUACCUUUAUGAUCAGUUGGCCACUAUCUGUCCAAUUGUCAUGGCUUUGAGUGCUGCAUCUCCUUUUUACCGAGGCUAUGUGUCAGACAUUGAUUGUCGCUGGGGAGUGAUUUCUGCAUCUGUAGAUGAUAGAACCCGGGAGGAGAGAGGACUGGAGCCACUGAAGAACAAUCACUAUAGGAUCAGUAAAUCUCGAUAUGACUCAAUAGACAGCUACUUAUCUAAGUGUGGUGAGAAAUAUAAUGACAUCGACUUGACAAUAGAUAAAGAAAUCUACGAACAGCUGCUGCAGGAAGGCCUCGACCACCUCCUGGCCCAGCACGUUGCUCAUCUCUUCAUCAGAGACCCACUGACUCUGUUUGAAGAGAAAAUCCACCUGGAUGAUGCCAACGAGUCUGACCAUUUUGAGAAUAUUCAGUCCACAAAUUGGCAGACGAUGAGGUUUAAGCCCCCUCCUCCAAACUCAGAUAUUGGGUGGAGAGUAGAAUUCCGACCCAUGGAGGUUCAGUUAACAGACUUUGAGAACUCGGCCUAUGUGGUGUUCGUGGUGCUACUCACCAGGGUGAUCCUUUCAUACAAGUUGGAUUUUCUCAUUCCACUGUCCAAGGUUGAUGAAAACAUGAAAGUAGCACAGAAACGAGAUGCUGUCUUGCGGGACAUGUUUUACUUCAGGAAGGAUAUUUGCAAAGCAGGUGGCAACGCUGUGGUGGACGGAUGUGGCAAGGCCCAGAACAGCACGGAGCUGGCCGCAGAGGAGUACACCCUCAUGAGUAUAGACACCAUCAUCAAUGGGAAGGAAGGAGUAUUUCCCGGGCUGAUCCCAAUUCUGAACUCUUACCUUGAGAAUAUGGAGGUAGAUGUGGACACCAGGUGCAGUAUUCUAAACUACCUAAAGCUCAUUAAGAAGAGAGCAUCUGGAGAACUUAUGACCGUUGCCAGAUGGAUGAGGGAGUUCAUCGCAAACCAUCCUGACUACAAGCAAGACAGUGUAAUAACUGACGAAAUGAAUUACAGUCUUAUUCUGAAGUGUAACCAAAUUGCAAAUGAAUUAUGUGAAUGCCCAGAGUUGCUUGGAUCAGCAUUUAGGAAAGUAAAAUAUAGCGGAAGUAAAACUGACUCUUCCAACUAGAUGUUCUGCAGACACAGACGUAUUCCUGCGUUAGUGACGGCCUGGCCGUGUCCCGUGCCUCUCAGCCCGUGUGUUGGUAUAAAGACCAAGGAAUAGAGCUGCACUGUCUCCUGACCCAGUGGGCCAGAAAUUGAUUUAGAGGCUUCCUUCCGUAGGCAGAUCUAGAGUUUAUACCGUGUACAUGUACAUAGUAAAGUAUUUUUAUGAUUAACAAUGUAUUUUAAUAACAUAUCCAAAGUCAUUGUGAACUGGCUUGUCCAUUUUUAAAUUCUUACUCUGGAGCACUACUGUCUCCGCAGUUCUGUAAAUGUAAUGUACUGGUAAUGUACAAUACCUGCAUUCCAGAGUUGAAAAUGUUUACUGUACAUUUUUGUUUCUUUAAAGACUACCUGGGACCUGAUUCACUGAAAUUUCCCUCUUCAAGAACACUUUCCCUUGUUAGUUCUCUUCGAUCUAUCUCCCUUGAGGUACAUCAAAUCACUUGAAUCCAUCGAAGUGCUUUGGGGUGAUCUGAGGUGGCUGGCCCCUCCCCUGGGGCGUUCCUUGUGGGGUUGGGGGAGCUAACCCCAUGGUCACCUUGCCCCAAGCUUUCCCCACUGAAGAAAACCCAUUCAGCUGAUGGCUGAAAGGAACUUUCCUUCUUUGCUAAUUCAGGCCUUAAGUUUAAAGACAGCUCUGUAGGAAGAAUGGAUUUACCCAGAGUUUACAUGCAGCGACUGAUUAUUGGGGUGGAUUUUUUUUUUAACUAAAAAAAGGGGGGAAUCAUUCUUUUUCCUGUACAUACAGGAGUACUGUCAGAGAUGGCAUUUGCUCCUCUGCCUUGGCCUCUUUUUCUGGUUGCUGCUAUAUACUUAACAUUUUCAGAUCAGACGCAGUUGAAGUUUUGUUUUGCUACUCUUUCUCUAGUUUUUAGUAAGCAUAUUGAUAGACUUUCUUCUAAAAGCCAUUUACUCCAGAUUUUACCUGGGGCAUGUUUACUUUCUCUCUAAAACUCAUAAAUAAAUCAUGAAAUGCACUAAGUUUUGUGAAUCAGGACCCUAAAUGUUUAAUUGUAAAUAAUUUAAGUUUCAGAUAAUUGUUGUUCCAGCUUUCUGUCGAAGUUUUGUUGUUUUUUUUAAUUAGUUAAAAGUCUUAACUGCUUCUGAAAUAACUAUGUAUUGUAGAUUUUACAAACCUUUUACAGGCAUAACUAUUUAAAUUGUAAUGCUAACUUUAAGAGAUUGCAAUAAAGCUGCUUCAGCUAAACCUGUUUGUGUUUAAAUACUAGGGUUUGUUCUAUAUUUCAUACUUGCAUUUUGGAGGAUUAAAGAAUGCCUGUUUUUUGUUUUGCCAUUUGCUUGUGUAAAUCAGGUUGUAUAAAGGCAGAUGAACUAAAAUGUUUGUGGUAUGAGUAAAUAAAAGAAUGAAUUAGCAUUCAGAAAA